UAUCGCUCCACUACCACCCCCAAACAAAAUCACCUCCCCAUUUUCUUUUCAAAAACCCACUCUCUCUUUCUCUCUCUUUCUGUCUCUCUCAAUCCAACCCCAGAUCUAUCCCUCUUUCUCUCUCUCUCGUCUCUCUCUGAAACAACAAUGGCCGUGGCACCCUCGCCUCGCGAAGAGAACGUGUACAUGGCGAAGCUUGCAGAGCAAGCUGAGCGCUACGAAGAGAUGGUGGAGUUCAUGGAGAAGGUUUCGGCCUCCGUCGACAACGAGGAGCUCACCGUCGAGGAGCGAAACCUCCUCUCCGUCGCUUACAAGAACGUGAUCGGCGCUCGCCGAGCUUCAUGGAGGAUCAUCUCCUCCAUCGAGCAGAAGGAGGAGAGCCGUGGCAACGAGGACCACGUAACUGUGAUCCGCGAUUACCGAUCUAAGAUCGAGACCGAGCUCUCCAACAUCUGCGAUGGUAUUCUCAAGCUCCUCGACUCUCGCCUUAUCCCUUCCGCCUCCUCCGGCGACUCCAAGGUCUUUUAUCUCAAGAUGAAGGGCGAUUACCACCGUUACCUUGCUGAGUUCAAGACCGGAGCCGAACGCAAAGAGGCCGCUGAGAGUACUCUCACUGCUUACAAGUCCGCUCAGGAUAUUGCCAAUGCUGAAUUGGCACCUACACAUCCAAUCCGUCUUGGACUGGCUCUCAAUUUCUCCGUGUUUUACUAUGAGAUUCUGAACUCUCCUGACCGAGCCUGCAAUCUUGCUAAACAGGCCUUUGAUGAAGCAAUUGCUGAAUUGGACACUCUGGGCGAGGAGUCGUACAAGGACAGCACUUUGAUCAUGCAACUUCUUCGUGACAACCUCACCCUCUGGACCUCUGACAUGCAGGAUGAUGGGGCUGAUGAGAUCAAGGAAGCAGCACCCAAACGUGAUGACGAACAGCAAGGAGGAGCAUAGUUUCACUGGCAACAAAAGAAAUCAAAUAUUUUAGGGAAGAACUUCUCCUCUAAAUGUUUUUAACGGGGGAAGGUGCUCUCAUUUUGUUGAUUUGGGGUUGUUAUUCUGUGGUUUUUUUUUUUUUUCUUUUUUUUUUCUUAUUUAGGCAAAUUCUCGUCUCUUGUUUUUGGAAUGGUUGACGAACUGUCUUCUCCUUUUUUUUUUUUUUUUUUUUUUCCCCUUAAUUUUUAAUUAGCUUGUGUUUCUCAAGUCCCCUUUUAUUGCUUGAAGCUAUAUAUUGAAAAGCAUUAUCUCUGUUUGCUUGGGCGCA